UUUUUUGAUCCCCGCACCGAGCGCUUAACCUCAUUGGGGUGGAGGAGAAGGCGGCGGCUGCCGGGUCCGCAGCGGUAGCUGUAGCGAAUUGUACGGCUAAUGGACUGCUGAAUUAUGAAGUAUUUCAGACCCACUAGUAGAACAUCACCCUGCCACGCGCUCCUUUAUCUCCUACUAGUUAUUUAAAUUGGACUUUUAAUAUCCUACCAGCUGCUCUUCAGACACACAUGGUGCAUUGUUGCCAUUCCCCGGAUUGCAUCUUUGAAACACAGACUCUUAGUAACCUUCAGCAAACAAAGAGGCAACCUCCCGGGUUUGCUGACUGGGAGGGUGUCACCCCGACUGCCCUCUAGCUCUCGGCUGGCUCUGGAUUUGAAUUUCACCAUGGAACCUCGCAUGGAGUCCUGCCUGGCACAGGUGUUGCAGAAGGAUGUGGGGAAGCGGCUGCAGGUCGGCCAGGAACUUAUAGACUAUUUCUCAGACAAACAGAAGUCUGCUGACCUUGAGCAUGACCAGACCAUGUUAGAUAAACUUGUGGAUGGACUUGCUACCUCUUGGGUGAACUCUAGCAAUUACAAGGUGGUUCUUCUGGGCAUGGACAUCCUGUCGGCACUGGUCACCCGGCUGCAGGAUCGGUUCAAGGCGCAGAUUGGCACAGUGCUGCCAAGUUUAAUAGACCGACUGGGGGAUGCUAAAGACUCCGUGAGGGAACAAGACCAAACUCUGCUGCUGAAGAUCAUGGAUCAAGCUGCUAAUCCCCAGUACGUGUGGGAUCGAAUGCUCGGAGGCUUUAAACACAAGAAUUUCCGGACUCGGGAAGGCACGUGUCUCUGUCUUGUCGCCACACUCAAUGCCUCUGGAGCACAUACUUUAACACUAAACAAGAUAGUGCCACAUAUAUGUAACUUACUUGGAGAUCCCAAUAGCCAGGUUCGGGACGCAGCAAUAAACAGCUUAGUGGAAAUUUACAGACAUGUAGGAGAACGUGUGAGGGCAGAUCUCAGUAAAAAAGGAUUACCACAGUCUCGGUUGAAUGUGAUUUUUACAAAAUUUGAUGAAGUCCAAAAAUCUGGGAAUAUGAUACAAUCUGCAAAUGAUAAAAAUUUUGAUGAUGAAGAUUCUGUAGAUGGUAACAGACCGUCCUCUGCUAGUUCUACAUCUUCCAAAGCUCCACCGAGCUCUCGGAGAAACGUUGGAAUGGGGACCACCCGCCGGCUUGGAUCUUCCUCUCUUGGCUCCAAGUCUUCCGCUGCAAAAGAAGGAGCUGGUGCUGUCGAUGAGGAGGACUUUAUUAAAGCGUUUGAUGAUGUACCUGUGGUGCAGAUUUAUUCCAGCCGAGACCUUGAGGAAUCCAUAAACAAGAUCAGGGAAAUACUGUCUGAUGACAAGCAUGAUUGGGAACAAAGAGUAAAUGCUCUAAAGAAGAUCAGAUCUUUACUUUUGGCUGGUGCUGCUGAAUACGAUAACUUCUUUCAACAUUUGCGUCUUCUGGAUGGAGCCUUCAAACUCUCUGCUAAGGACCUGCGCUCUCAGGUCGUGCGGGAGGCUUGUAUCACACUGGGGCAUCUGUCAUCUGUCCUGGGAAAUAAGUUUGACCAUGGAGCUGAAGCCAUUAUGCCAACUAUCUUUAAUUUAAUUCCAAACAGUGCCAAAAUCAUGGCCACAUCUGGUGUUGUAGCUGUUAGGUUAAUCAUUCGGCAUACACACAUCCCUCGGCUAAUACCUGUCAUAACAAGCAACUGUACCUCCAAGUCUGUUGCAGUGAGAAGGCGCUGUUUUGAAUUUUUAGAUUUACUUUUACAAGAAUGGCAGACACAUUCGCUGGAAAGACAUAUAUCAGUAUUAGCCGAAACAAUCAAGAAGGGAAUACAUGACGCUGAUUCGGAAGCCAGGAUAGAAGCCAGAAAGUGUUACUGGGGUUUCCACAGUCACUUCAGCAGAGAAGCGGAGCACUUAUACCACACUUUGGAAUCCUCCUACCAGAAAGCCUUGCAGUCCCAUUUGAAGAACUCUGAUAGUAUCGUGUCCCUGCCGCAGUCUGAUCGCUCAUCUUCUAGCUCCCAAGAGAGUUUGAACCGACCACUCUCUGCCAAAAGAAGCCCCACUGGAAGUACCACCUCGCGAGGUUCCACAGUCAGUACCAAAUCGGCGGCAACAACUGGGUCCCUCCAGCGGUCUAGAAGUGACAUCGAUGUGAACGCGGCAGCCAGUGCCAAAUCCAAGGUCUCUUCGGUUCCUGGCUCGACGCCUUUCAGCUCCGCUGCGGCCUUGCCUCCUGGCUCCUACGCAUCCUUAGAUGGUACUGCCACUAAAGCAGAGGGUCGGAUCCGCACAAGACGGCAGAGCUCCGGGAGUGCCACCAACGUUGCCUCCACGCCUGACAAUCGUGGCCGCAGCCGAGCGAAAGUGGUUUCACAGUCCCAGCCUGGCAGCCGAUCAAGUUCCCCAGGGAAACUACUGGGAAGUGGUUAUGGUGGCCUCUCUGGGAGCUCCUCAAGAGGCCCCCCUGUGACACCCUCUUCUGAAAAACGAAGCAAGAUUCCUCGGAGUCAGGGUUGCAGCCGAGAGACAAGUCCAAACCGAAUAGGAUUAGCACGGAGCAGCCGUAUCCCUCGACCCAGCAUGAGUCAGGGGUGCAGCCGCGAUACCAGCCGUGAGAGCAGCCGAGAUACGAGCCCUGCUCGGGGCUUUCCUCCGCUUGCCUCUCGACGUCAUUCCAGGUCCACUAGUGCUCUCUCCACUGCUGAAUCUGUGGGGCAGUCAGACCGGUUUGGACUUGGCCAGGCAGGCCGAAUACCAGGUUCCGUGAAUGCCAUGCGAGUUUUGAGCACAAGUACAGAUCUUGAAGCUGCAGUUGCAGAUGCCUUGCUGUUAGGAGACUCCAGGAGCAAGAAGAAGCCUGUGAGGAGGAGAUAUGAGCCAUAUGGGAUGUAUUCUGAUGACGAUGCCAACAGUGAUGCCUCGAGUGUUUGCUCUGAGCGCUCCUAUGGCUCCAGGAAUGGUGGCAUUCCCCAUUAUCUGCGGCAGACUGAGGACGUAGCGGAAGUUCUCAACCACUGUGCUAGUUCAAACUGGUCAGAAAGGAAAGAAGGGCUUCUAGGCCUGCAGAACUUACUGAAGAGCCAAAGAACGCUGAGUCGAGUAGAAUUGAAAAGAUUAUGUGAGAUCUUCACCCGAAUGUUUGCUGAUCCUCAUAGCAAGGUUUUCAGUAUGUUUUUGGAGACUCUCGUGGAUUUUAUAAUAAUUCAUAAAGAUGACUUGCAAGACUGGCUUUUUGUUCUUCUGACACAAUUGCUUAAGAAAAUGGGAGCAGAUUUACUUGGGUCUGUACAAGCAAAAGUUCAGAAGGCUCUCGAUGUCACAAGGGAUUCCUUUCCAUUUGAUCAACAAUUUAACAUUUUGAUGAGAUUUAUUGUGGAUCAAACACAAACUCCUAACCUCAAGGUCAAAGUCGCAAUCCUGAAGUACAUUGAGUCUCUGGCUAGGCAGAUGGAUCCCACAGAUUUUGUGAACUCCAGUGAGACAAGACUUGCUGUUUCUAGAAUUAUAACUUGGACAACAGAACCAAAGAGUUCAGACGUGAGAAAGGCAGCACAAAUUGUGCUGAUCUCUCUGUUUGAAUUGAAUACUCCGGAAUUUACCAUGUUACUUGGUGCCUUGCCAAAAACAUUCCAGGAUGGUGCCACUAAACUCCUUCAUAACCAUCUCAAGAAUUCUAGUAACACCAGUGUGAGUUCUCCGAGCAAUACAAUUGGCCGGACUCCCUCCCGACACACCAGCAGCAGGACCAGCCCCCUGACCUCACCAACCAACUGUUCCCACGGGGGCCUCUCUCCAAGUCGGUUAUGGGGUUGGAGUGCCGAUGGGUUAUCGAAGCACCCACCUCCCUUUUCUCAGCCUAACUCCAUUCCCACCGCUCCCUCCCACAAGACUCUCAGGCGCUCUUACUCUCCCAGCAUGCUGGAUUAUGACACAGAGAACUUGAACUCUGAAGAAAUUUAUAGUUCUUUGCGAGGAGUUACAGAAGCCAUUGAAAAGUUUAGUUUUCGAAGCCAAGAGGACCUGAAUGAGCCAAUUAAGCGGGAUGGCAAGAAGGACUGUGACAUUGUGUCCCGGGAUGGUGGCGUUGCCCCCCUUCCCCCCGAGGGCCGGGGCGGCAGUGAUGUGGUAGAAGGAGGCAGAACAGCUCUGGACAACAAGACCUCCCUCCUCAACACCCAGCCACCGCGCGCCUUCCCAGGGCCGCGAGCGCGGGAGUACAACCCCUACCCCUACUCCGACACCAUCAACACCUACGACAAGACAGCCCUGAAGGAGGCCGUGUUUGACGACGACAUGGACCAGCUGAGAGACGUGCCCAUUGACCAUUCUGACUUGGUGGCGGACCUCCUGAAAGAGCUGUCCAACCACAACGAGCGGGUGGAAGAGCGGAAGGGCGCCCUGCUGGAGCUGCUCAAGAUCACGAGGGAGGACAGCCUAGGCGUCUGGGAGGAGCACUUCAAGACCAUCCUGCUCCUGCUCUUGGAGACACUCGGAGACAAAGAUCAUUCCAUCCGAGCGCUGGCACUGAGAGUAUUACGGGAAAUUUUAAGGAACCAGCCAGCAAGAUUUAAGAACUAUGCUGAGCUGACCAUCAUGAAGACUCUGGAGGCCCACAAGGACUCGCAUAAAGAGGUGGUGCGUGCCGCCGAGGAGGCCGCGUCCACGCUGGCCAGCUCCAUCCACCCGGAGCAGUGCAUCAAAGUGCUGUGCCCCAUCAUUCAGACCGCCGACUACCCCAUCAACCUUGCCGCCAUCAAGAUGCAGACCAAAGUCGUCGAGAGGAUCGCCAAGGACUCCUUGCUACAGCUCCUCGCUGACAUCAUCCCGGGCUUGCUGCAGGGUUAUGACAACACCGAGAGCAGCGUGCGGAAGGCCAGCGUGUUUUGCUUAGUGGCGAUUUAUUCCGUAAUCGGAGAAGAGCUGAAACCUCACCUCGCGCAGCUCACCGGGAGCAAGAUGAAGCUACUGAACUUAUACAUAAAGAGGGCCCAGACCACGAACAGCAACAGCAGCAGCUCCUCGGAUGUCUCCACACACAGCUAAUGGCCUUGCCUGAGUCUCUCUCCGUAGCCCUAAGUAGAAGCAAUCAGUGGUGCCUGUCAGAGACCUUCCCACCCAUCCCCCAUCAUCGACUGCCUACCCACUCAAGGAGGCCCGCGAAUAUUUAUUACAAUCAGUAUUUUGGUCCCUUCCAGCUUUUGUGUAGGAUUUUUCUGGCAUUGAAUGUAUCCGAAGCAAGACCUGUGUGGCAGCCUUCAUACCGAACAGGAAGGAAAAAGAGAAGCCAAGAGCCAUACUCAGACUCCUCUUGUGCAGCCCGCUGAGGUCCUGAAACCCUGUACGUGUGUGUAUUGGGGGGGAAAUGUCCGGUUUCUAAACUGCUAAGCUCUAACCUGUACUUGGGAGGAACUCACAUGUUCUCUUUGGUUGGUGACACAUGGAACUGCAUGCAGUGCGUGCGUGCGUGCGUGCGUGCGUGUGUGUGUUUCUCUUACAUCGUAGCUGACUUUCUUCUUGAGUCAGGGCCUGUGUGUGGGCAGCACCCACCCCUCUCAUCCUGACACCAUGCAAAGGUGGGGUGAGUUUCCAGUUGCCUUUGAGGACCUCCGAACAUUGUGAACGAGCCUUGGCAAGAAAUGAAGAGAAGCCUGAAGGACAGCGUGGCCUUUUAGUAACAGGCAAAGGAAGUUCGCCCCCUGGGUUCAAGGCAAAAUUGGUUCUAGGACAGGUCCCUCUGUGGUCCCUUCCCAGGCCAGGCUCCUGGCCCCUCCCAGCCGCUCCUGAAGCUCUCUGCCUGCCCUUUGUUCAAGUCAAAUGGUGGAAGUUUAAAUCCAAACACAGAAAUCAAGGUGAACUUAUGAUAUCAGUGGGGCAUCUAUUAUGGCACUUCAUGAAGCAUGGAGGACUCAAGAGAACGCGUGUGUUUUGCUCCUGCGAUCUUGGGGAAAUUUCUGGUGGGGCCUGUGAAAAGACUGGCGACACCCAGAGAGUACCAUCUCUUUUCCCCAGCCUUUGUCUAAGUUGCUCGAUCCUGAAAUGUGCUCCGUUAAUCUGACAGAUCACAACUUUUCCAUCUCGGUUUGGAUGACUUCGUUUAUUUGAGGAUUAAAGUCAAAGUGACAGAGCAGAUUUUUUUUUAUGGCCUGAAGUAUUUCCUUGAUCUGCUGUUGAUCGGUCCUUGUUUAAGGAAAAAGUAAUCAUGAUGAGUAUCAAGUUGCAAAAA